AUGUCAGUGACAAUCAGACCAAUUACAAAAGACGACAAGGAAGCGUGGCUAGAAUUGUGGAGAGGAGAAGACUCUUAUUUAGUAUUUUACAAGGCCAUGGACAAGGUUUCCAAAGAUGUGUCGGAGGUGACAUUCUCGAGAUUUUUGGACGAAAACGAGCCUGUGUACUCAAUUGUUGCCGUGGACGAUUCCACCGGAGAAUUGAUUGGUUUUCUCAAUUAUUUGACUCAUAGGAACACUUGGACGGUGGAAAAUGCCCUCUAUUUAAAUGACUUAUUUGUGUCUUCCAAGUGCAGGCUCAAGGGAACAGGGCGCAAAUUGAUGGAAUAUGGCUUCAGCGAGGCCGAUAGACUCAAUUGCAAAAAGUGUUACUGGAGCACUCAAUUUGAGAAUCAUCGUGCUCAAUUGUUGUAUACCAAAAUCGGAGUCAAAUCUGGUUUUCUUCUUUAUCAGCGGCCGCCACAAUGA